UAUUAUACCAAGGGUAAUGCAAAGUUUCUAAAUGAGGCUUUGAUACAAAGUUCCAUGAAAACAGAGGUCACACGUGGGUAGACCCACCACAAGGUUAUAUGAAGAGGCACAAUGUAAAGUCAUAUGAAAAUUAUCAGAGAUUUAUCUACAGCACCGCACUGGGGUAUUGGAGCCAGCCCUGAUGGAGGGUACAGUGUCUCUGCCCCGCUGUGGCCCACGCAGGACAUCGUGGGUUCCCACCCUCCCAACCACGUCCUGGAAGCCCUGGAGCACCUGGCCCUGGAGAACACCCUGCAGAUGCAAGAGCUCACCAGCCGCAUUGACAUUCCCCGCGACGUAGAGGCGCUCAAGUUCCGCUACGAGAGCGCCCGCCUGGAGACCUGGCGGGGCCGCCAGCAGCCCUGCCUUCGGUCCGGGGCCUCAUACAGGAAGGCUGGAGCAGGUGUGAGGAGCUGUGGGUGCAACAGCUCCCCCUACAGGCCCGGGAGCAGCGCGGCACGGCCCAGCUGGCCUCCCUCCUGCAGGAGAUGCACCGGCUGCUGGCGGACGGCUCGGAGCGUGCCAUCCUCGCCAGGGCAGUGCUGGAGCUGGAGCUGCGGGCUGUGCGGCUGGCGGGGCUGCCGGGAGCUGGAGCGGGAGGCAAGUGCCCGCCACGCCGAGCUGCAGGACUUGCAGAGCAAGCGGCAGCGCAUCUUGGACUUCCGCCACCUGGUGGUCCCAGCAGGUCCCGGCCCACGAGCUCUCCAUCCAUAGGCUGGGCCGGACGGCGCUCGCCCAGCACCGGGCCUUCCUCACUGUGUGCCAGGCUUCUGGCUUCCCUCUCUACAAGGCCCUGGAGCACCUCCUGCCCCACAUGGCUGAGCUGAAGAAGGAGCUGCUGGCCCUGCGUGCCCAGCUGGGCUACAAGAGCCAGGCGCUGGCCAGCCUGCAGCAGCGCCAGGGCUCCCCAGGGACCGACGCACAAAGUGAGAUCCCCUCCAUGGCUCCAGACGGACAGGGGGACGCCCCCCCCCCCGCCUGAGGACCCUUCCCAGGGUCUGCAAGGGGCACGAGCCGGCCUGAGGGGCGGCAGGACCAUGGCAUCCACCCAGCAGCUCAGCACACCCCUCCCGCCGCCCCCCAAAGCCAUAACUCCUCCAGGCCUCACUGACGUCUCUUCCCCCAGCCCUGGUGCAGGCCCUGCGGGACCACGACCGGGAGCAGGCCAGAGCCCUGGGGCCGCGGAUCCAGCUGGUGAUGGAGCAGUGCAGGCAAC